UCAUCGACAUGGAAAAGGCAAAAGGACGAGAGGGAAAACAGUUCUCGACGAUGUCUCUAAAUGGUGGUGUUUCCCAGGAAGAAAGAAAUAGAAAUCAUUGACCCCAAGUGGGCACUGGCGAUGUAAUGUUUGACUUUUGGUGGCAUGAUUUCAAUGCUCAUUUAUGGAGGAGCCUUCCCCUUACUCUCCAUCCCAAGUCGGUCUCACUUCUCGAUACACCGCCUCAAUUAUAUAAGGUAGCAAACCUUUCCAUCGCCUUCCAUUUAUCUCCACUAGCUCUUCCUGCCUUAAUCACAAAAAUGCCAAGGAAGCUCACUUUCUUAAUGAUGGUACUGUUUCUUUUAUUCUCAGGUGCAAAAUCCAGGUCUAUUUCAGCCUCCACCAGGCCAGAAUCCACACCGCCGGAAACAUCCUCACACAUUCCUGCGGGAUCAUCACCUGGGGAGUCAAGCAUCAAUGAUGAAGGGUACUCAUGCUCUGGGUUAGAAAGUGAAGAAGAGUGUUUGAUUAGACGGUCCAUGGCUGAUCAUACAGACUAUAUCUACACACAAGAUAUAAGUGGACCAUGACCCUUUCCCCCCCUCUCUUUUUUACCAGUGGUAUUUCUGUACUAAUUAGUUUUAUUUUAUCAUUCAAUGGCUAGAGCAUGAACACUCAGUUUUUAUAUCGAUCAGAUUUCAUCGUUACAGAUUCUCUUCCUGUGAUACGCCUUCCACUGUUCUACAAUAAAAUGGCAUUAGUAUAAUGAUUUAUGCA